GCGGGUGACGCGUAGUCCGCGAGUCAUUGAUCCCGACACGGUCCCGGACUGCCGACGCCAUGUCGAAGGAGCUCGCGUAUUUGCCUCUCGUCCCGCCGCUCGCUGUCGCGAUAUACGUCGCCUGCGUCGCCGGCGCCGGCGCCCUAGCUAAUUGCUCAGUCUUAGCAGCACUUCUUAAAUCAUCUCGAAAUGGUUUGUGCUCUAUCAUCAUACAACUCGCCGCAGCGGAUUUUUUGAUCAUAGCGACGUCAGCUCUACCCGAAAUGUGGUUUUAUAACUCUGGAACAUGGAACUUCGGGAAAAGCAGCUGUAUUGCAUACCGAGGGUUAAAUGUGUUUGCAUCGACAGCAUCGUCAUACUUAACUGCCACAGUAGCGCUACAUACAAUUGCAUCGCUAAAUUUAGAAGAAAAAUUCGCGGCAAAGAGGCUUAAACGACAUAACGAAGAUGAAAGCGAAGAAAUGGGAUCAUCGCACCAUAGUCUGAUGGCCAGCAGUGACACCUCUACUCCACCUCGGACAAUGAAUGUCGAUUAUCGCCUUAUGGACAAAAGAGUACGGGUGACACCGCCCACUGCCUUCGUGUGGAUAUUAUCGGCGUCCCUCAGCAUACCUGAAUUUGCUUUGGCUAGCACAGUGCACCUGAACCAAGGUACCAUUCUGUGCACAGCCAUUGACUCACAUCACAGACUUAAUAUGCAUUCGUUACUUGCUGCAUUCAAUCUGUUUUUGCCGUCACUGUUGAUGAUGUUUGCAGCAAUACUGAUAGUCGUUAAACUAAAAUCUAAACAUCUCCCAGAACUAGAUAUCUGUGACGCGAACUCAGCUCUGAAGUUAUCAUUGUGUUUAUUAAUAGUGUAUGGUGUAUUAUGUGCUCCGCGUUCAGUUUCUACAGUUUACCAUGUUUAUUCAAGAUCUUACGACGAAAGUCAAACACCUUCAUUUGAUACUGAGCUAUUGGAUCACACAACAGCGACGAUAAGGUUAGCCCUAAGCGGUGCUUAUGUAGCCGCUACUCUAAUUCGGCCUUUAUUGUAUGUAAUAUUGUUACCGAAAAUAAGAAACGUGUUUUCAUUUGGUUCUCGAAAUAGGGAAAAAGUAUGAAUAACUUUAAUAACGUAUAAUAUAAACUCUACCUAAGUUGGAUUUAAAGGAUGUUUUUACAACGUGAUAAAUACAAUAUUCAUAGUAUAAGUAUA